AUGGCCAUGCUCUUUUGGUUCGGAAAUCUAUUCUACGUCGCCGUCCUUCUUGUCAACGGGGUCGCAGUUCUAUCGGAAGAUAGAUUCUUAGCACGAAUCGGAUGGGCAGGACAGCAAGAUCAGGGUUUCGGUGGAGGAGAUGUUAGCGUAAAGGCAAAGCUCAUAAACCUCAUUUCCGCCAUACGGACAUUAAUGAGAAUACCUCUUAUCAUUGUAAAUGUCGUUAUAAUAGUAUACGAGCUAUUAUUAGGUUAA